AUGCGGCCACCGCUGCCCAUGUCACCAGAUCUCACCAAACUACUGUCCAGUGGAUACUUUCAAGUUGAAUCCGAUUCUGAUUUCCGAGUUCCAAGUUCCGAGUUCCGAGUUCAAAGUCCAAAACUCACUGCUCGGUGGUGGCGGCCCUAUGACUCUAGGCCCUGGGCCCUGGGGCCUGGGGCCUGGGGCCUGGGGCCUGGGGUGGGUGCCUGGGUGCCAG